AUGGGCAGCCAUUCAGAAACUUUGACUGCAUGUGGGCGGAAAGCACGAUCUCCUACUGUAACCUCCUCUUUUAGCUUUAGAAAUGAGGAAAGAGUACCCAAACGUAAAGAGUUUCUUCAGAAGCUAGAGGAGAAACUGAAUGCUAAGGAGGCAGAAAAACUUCAGCUGCAAGCAAAAACUAAGGGAAAAAAUGGCCUUAAGAAAAUGCAGCAGAAUGUUGGCCUCAAAUCUGAAUUGACUGCAAAUUUUCAACAUAAAAUGGAAUUGCCAAAUAAUCACAUGAUGAUCCCACCAACACGUCCUUCCUCAUGA